GUGUUGUCUUCUUUUGCUCAACACUGAACUGAGUUUUGCUCAACACUGAACUGAGGUGUUUGUUUUUCCAUCUUCUUUACCACUUCCCGAGGAGGGAAAACAAAGUUAGAGGGGACACGUGCAAGCUAAGGGCCUGACUAGCUCCUUGGCUCAUGACACUGCAACUCCAUUAAUAAAUGGCAGAAAAAAUCCAUUAAAUACCAACUUCCCACAUACUCCCUUUGGCCACUUCUUUUACUUCUUGUUAAUUUCGCCGGAUAUGUUCUGGGUUGUUUCCUCUCUCUUCCACCUCCUCUCUCUCUCUCUCUCUCUACUAAUAACUCUGUUAAGUUUCCUCUCUCCUUCAGCUUCUCUCUCAAAACUUUUGGAUCUGCAACCGCUUCUUCUCAUUUUUGUUGAAACCUCGCACUGCCGAAUUCUUUACCCCUCUCUCUCUUUCUGUCUGCAAACACGCUGGUCAUUGUAUCAGUGAUACCACUGUCUUUUUUUUUUACACGCUGGGUUGAGAGUGGUUUUGAUGGUUGAGCCACCGAUUUCCGGUUUUUGAUGCAUAUUUUUUAAAUUUCUGAUUUUCGAAAAGAACCGGGCAAGAUUGAGAUCCGAUUCCCGGUUUUUAAACCAUGGAACCACUAGCCACUAGGUACCCCAUAGGUGAUUCUGUGACCAUGGCCUCUCAAUUUCUCUAUGGCAUCCCAUUUCCGUUCGCUUCUACUUCUACACACCCCAACCAUGGCUGCAUGCUUUGCAGUGACGGUCUAAUCCCUGGAGGGCUUGUCUUCGACCUUGUCAUGGAGGUCUGGGACCCACCCGAUACUAUCAAUCUCGGUAUGAUGUGUAGUGCGCGGGUCACCAGCCGGUCGCACUGUACAGAGUUUACUUCUCUUGGAAUGGAAGGAUUUGGAAAGACUACAAUUUCUGGUGGUUGUGGGUCCCAAACAAGAAAAACAGGCCUGCCCACAUCUUCAGGGACAGGUAUCGCCAGCAAAUAG